CAGGCCCAGAACAGCCUCGCGCACAGCCGCGCACGGUGGAAAGCCUGCCCGGGGCUCUGCACUGACCCGGGGCUGCCACCGCCCCCACCCCCCUGUGCCAUGCCAGUGCGGACCGUGCACCAGCUCUCAGCCUGCUCGGGCUUUAGAAUGCGGAACCAGCCCUGUGUAGCCUAAAUCUGAGGGGGAGUCGGUGUAGACAGACCCUGUGAGCCCCCAGAGCCUUUUUUUUCUGGCGUGGAACUGGCAGUGAUCCCCCUGCCUCAGCCUCCUAAGUGCUAGCCCAGAGCCUCUGGACCUCGGUCAAAGCUCGUGCCGCUAGGCCUCAGCACUCUGCACCCUAAAAAAAUCGCAUGUUCUCUUUCAGUCAGGCGACAUCACAAUGGCAGCCACUAAGGACCCUUCUGAGCAGUUCACCCAAAUCAAGGAGCAAAAAUUGAAGCUUGGGGGCCCGCAGGAGGAAGAAGGGGAGGGUGGGGUGCAAGGCGGGCAGAUCCAGGAGGGUGCUGUCGAAGCUUUGGCCGAGAACAGCCACCAGCCUUUAGAUGCCAGAAUCCAGAAAGAACAGCUUGAGCUGCUGUGGGCCUCCGUGGAGAGCGACAGUCAGAUCCUGACCCUGCAGACCGUGCCCCUGCCCUCCCAGGAGGUGCACAUGCCGGGGCUGGGAUGGCUGAGUGUGCCGGACCCCGAGUCUCUGCAGGUAGUGGUGCCACAGGCGACGGAGCCACAGGCGGAGGGCGCACCGCCGCUCCCAUCCGUGUUGUGGCUGAACCAGGAGCCCCAGUGCAGCAUACAGCAGAACGUGGCCUUCAGCGUCCCAGAGGAGCUGUACCUGCCCGAGGAGGAGCUGCCAUGGUUCCACCUGCUGAGGGAGAACAUGACAGUGGUUGGGGAGGACCAAGCGUUAACACCAAACCUGGGUGGUAGCUCGGCGCUGAUGAAGUUCGAAGAAGGCCAGGAGAACCAGUGGCUGUCUGAGGGAGGACUGAACCAAGGAGAGGAGUGCUGCUUCCUUGUGGAAAUGAUGCCAAGAGAUGAAGGGAAAGAGGACGUUGUUCUGGCCAUUUCCAGUGUAAACGUAGAAGAGCAAGAUAAACCCGCCCCAAGUCAGGCAGACGUGGAGAACACUGAUGCUGUAAAAACUCAGAGAAAGGCCAAGGGGACGAUUCGAACCUUCCGCUGUGACCUCUGCCCAUUCACAUCCUCUAAAUACUCAAGUUUGAGUCGUCACAUAAAGAUUCACAGUGACAAGAAACCUCACAUGUGCCAUCUGUGCCUGAAGACUUUCCGCACUGUCACCCUCCUGCGGAACCACGUCAACACCCACACAGGAACCAGGCCCUACAAGUGUGGGAACUGCAACAUGGCGUUUGUCACCAACGGAGAGCUUGUCCGGCACAGGCGUUACAAACACACGUAUGAGAAGCCCUUCAAAUGCUCCAUAUGCAACUACGCCAGUGUGGAGGCCAGCAAGCUGAAGCGUCACGUCCGCUCGCACACGGGUGAACGUCCCUUUCAGUGCUGCUUGUGCAGCUACGCCAGCAAGGACGCCUGCAAGCUGAAGCGCCACAUGCGGACCCACUCAGGUGAGAAGCCAUACCAGUGCUCCGUCUGCUCUGCCCGGUUCACCCAGAGCGGGACCUUGAAAAUGCACGUGGCACAGAAGCAUGAUGAGAACGUGUCCAAGUACACGUGUCCCCACUGCGCCGCUGUCAUCGCGAGGAAGAGUGACCUGCGUGUCCACUUGCGCAAAAUGCACAGCUACAGCCCCGUGGAGACCAAGUGCCGCUACUGCCCCGCCAGCUUUCAUGAGCGCUUUGCUUUUAUUCAACACCAGAAGACCCAUAAGGACGAGAAGAAGUUCAAAUGCCAGUACUGUGAUUAUGCUUGCAAGCAGAAGCACUGCAUGGUAGCCCACGUGCGCAUCCACACGGGAGAGAAGCCCUUCGUCUGUGUGACCUGUGACAAGCACUUCCGGCAGAAGCAGCUGCUCACCGAACACCUGAGGAAGUUCCAUGACCCAAACUUUGUCCCCACUGAGCACCAGUGCCUCAAGUGCAGCAGAUCCUUUUCCCGCUGGACUAACCUGCAAAGACACAAGAAGAAGUGUGACCCAGAGCAGCAGAAGCUGGCCACCUCCAGCAGGGGGAGUCCGAUGCCAGAGCCGAAGCAGACAGUCUGGGAGGAAGCAGGACAGGAAGACGAUGCUACUGCCCAGGAGGAUGCCACCUUGAGGGAGGCACAGCUCCCCGGGGAGCUGACUCUGGGCCACCAUGAAGAAAGCACCGGUGGGGGGAGCAAGGACCUCGAUGAAGGCCUGACCUGUGAGAUGAUCUUCAACAUGAUGGAUAAGUGACGGGCUGCUCUGUGUACCGCAGCCGUUAGUGAAGCAGAUUAGAAACAGACAAGGUCACGGUUA